UGGGUACUCCUCCGCCUACUACUUUAAGUAAGCCCAUCCACUGUACCUCUGAUAGUGGAACUUGGAACCGAACAAAGACCUCUGCAUCUUUUGGCUCCGUUUGUACGGAAUGGGACCUGUCGACGACGCUGCUGAGAAUCCCGGGUCAUCGUCGUCAUCGUUGAUUUCAGAUUUCCUGAGUAAAUCCGGCGGCGUAGCGGUGAUUGACGGCGGCUUGGCUACGGAACUCGAACGACACGGCGCUGACCUCAACGAUCCUCUCUGGAGCGCCAAAUGUCUCCACAGUUCCCCUCACCUCAUUCGCUCGGUCCACCUUGAUUACCUAGAAGCUGGUGCCGACGUAAUAAUUACAGCAUCUUACCAGGCUACCAUCCAAGGGUUCAAGGCCAGAGGAUUUUCUCAAGAAGAAAGUGAAGUUUUGCUCAAGAGAAGUGUUGAAAUAGCUUGUGAGGCACGGAGUAUAUACUAUGAUAGAUGCCACAAGAACUCAACCGAGUAUCCUGCUGAUGGUAAAGUUCUCAAACAUCGGCCUAUAUUAGUUGCUGCAUCUGUGGGAAGUUAUGGAGCUUAUUUAGCUGAUGGUUCUGAAUACAGUGGGGACUAUGGUGAUGCUAUGAGUUUGGAGUUUUUGAAGAACUUUCACCGAAAAAGGGUUCAGCUUCUUGCAGACUCUGGUCCUGAUCUAAUAGCUUUUGAAACAGUACCUAAUAAGCUUGAAGCACAGGCUUUUGCUGAGCUUCUUGAGGAAGAAGACAUAAACAUUCCUGCAUGGUUGUCCUUCAAUUCCAAGGAUGGUAUAAAUGUUGUCAGCAGUGAUUCUUUGUCUGAAUGUGCUGCCAUUGCUGAAUCAUGCAAGAAGGUUGUCGCUGUAGGAAUUAACUGUACGCCUCCCAGAUUUAUUCAGGAUCUGAUUCUUUCCAUUAAGAAGGUGACAGCCAAACCGAUACUUAUAUAUCCAAAUAGUGGUGAAAGUUAUGAUGCUGAUCGAAAGGAGUGGGUGCAAAACACUGGGGUUUCAGAUGAAGACUUCGUAUCCUAUGUGAAUAAAUGGUGUGAAGUAGGGGCGUCCCUUGUUGGAGGUUGCUGCAGAACUACGCCCAGCACCAUUAAUGCAAUUUAUAGAACACUCAGAUAUCCCACACAUUAGGAGAUUAAUUAAUAGAAUGGGCUGAUGCUGGAAAAUUUUGACACUAAUUGAAAUGGGUAGAGGGGUAGUUUGACGUUAUACUCAUAAUUGAGGCUAAAGAAUCAAGGGGUCGGGCUACCCCGCGGAUUGGCUCUUCACAGCUGCUUGUGUCAAGGCAGCCACUUGAGCAUUAAGCUGUUGUUCAGGAAAUUUAUAUAUAGCUGUUUUUGUGAAAUCUUUUGGCAUUCCAUGUUGCAUUUACUAAGCUGAACCUCUGAA